UAAAUCUGUCUAUAAACCAUUAGUGAUUUCAUCUAAAAGUAAAAUAAUCAAUUCUAACACCAUUAACAUUUUUAUGUAGACAACUGUAUGUCCUUUCUGUUUCAUUCAGUUACUUGUGCAGUUGACUUCUCAAGUGUUUAUUAUGACGGCUUUAGUUAUUAUUAUUAUUAUUAUUAAUAUUAUUAGCUUUAUUCAAUAUUAUAUAUUUGGUGCAAUAUAGAAUUUUCAGCACAAAGUAUUUCAACAAGUUUCUUACUUCUUGGUCAAUCUUGACGAUAAAUAUUAGCAGUUCGAAAUGAUGUACCUUCUUUUCGUUGAAUGUUACUGGUCAUCAUGAUAUCUCUGAUUAGACUAUUUUGUAACCUUUCGUUUCAUAUUUUUCAGGAACACAUCUGAAUAGAUUAUGCAAUUAAUAGCCAUGAUGAUAUAUUAAAACAAACAAACAAAUUUAGAUAACUUUUUGAAAUAUCUCGAUGAAAGAAACAAGUAACCCAAAUGUUCAAGGAAGUUGUCAGUUGUUCUUUUUUUCUUUUUCUUUAAAUUAGAAAUAAUUGAACAUAUUUCAAUUAAAAAGAUAAAAUAAUCCACUCAUUUCUACUUUGCUUUUUUCUCUUUUUCUUUUGUCCUUUUUUUAUUUUAGAUGAAAGUUAAUUGAAACUAUUCAAUUAAUAUAAUAUUUAUUAUUAAGAUUUAUUAUUAAUAUAUCAAUUAAUUAUUUAUUAUAUCAUUUUUAAUUAAUUUCUAUAUGGAAAAACAAACAUAUCAAAAAAUUAAUUUAUAUUCAAAUAUACAACAGACAAAUUUUACAUUUGAUGUAGCUAAAGAAAUUCUACCUGUUAAAUUAUUAAUUAUUAUAUUAUAUUCAUUUAUUACAUUAAUGGGUGUAACAGGUAAUUUAUUAGUUGUGUGGAUUGUAUUACGUGUUAAAUUAUUACAAACAAUUACUAAUAUAUUCAUUGCAAAUUUAGCUAUUUCUGAUAUAUUAAUGAGUCUUGUAGCUACACCAUUUACACCAUUAUCAUUAUAUAUGAAUAAUUGGACUUUACCUGAGGCUGUAUGUAAAUUAUUACCAACUACUAUGGGUGUUUCUGUUUAUGUAUCUACAUUAACAUCAAUGGCAAUUGCUUUAGAUAGAUUUUUUGUUAUUGUACAUCCAUUUUUACCAAGAAUGAAAGUAUGGUUAUGUUUUAUUAUUAUAUUUACUGUAUGGAUUAUAGCUGUACUUAUUUCAAUGCCAUUAGCUGUUUAUCAACAAAAACAUAAAGAUCCUAUUAAUAAUGUAUCAAGUUGUCGAGAAAAUUGGCCUAAAGAAUCAUCACGUGAAGUGUUUACAAUUGUUAGUUUUGUUUUACAAUUUGUCAUACCUUGUAGUAUUAUUUCAGUAUGUUAUUUUCGUAUAAGUUUAUUAUUACGCGCUAGAUUACAUACAAAAAUUGGUAGUGGAACUAAAACACAUAUGAAAGAGGAACGUGAAAUAAAACGUAAACGUCGGACAAAUACAAUGUUAAUAGCUAUGGUUGUAAUAUUUGUUAUAUGUUGGAUACCAUUAAAUAUUUUAUGGAUGGUUAUGGAUGUACAUAGUGAAGAACAAAUAAAUGAUGUACAAAAUUCUAAAAAUUUCAGUUUAAUCUUUUUUAUAUGCCAUUUAUUAGCUAUGAGUAGUGCUGUAUAUAAUCCAUUUCUAUAUGCAUGGAUGAAUAGUAAUUUUCGUAAAGAAUUUCAUCGUAUUUUACCAUGUUUCUUUUUAAAAUCAAAAUUUUAUACAAAUCAAAUUACUACACAAACUAUUGGAGGUGAAUAUACAGCUAUACGUAUAAAUUAUCUUAAUUCAACAAAUCAACCACCAUCGACGAUUCUUAAAACUAAUGAAGAAUUCAAAGAAACUAGUCAAAGUUUAUCAAAUAAAUUAAAUUUAAAUCAUAAAUCACAACAAACUAAUAAAAUUAAUCUUGAUAAUGAAAUCAAUAGCAGUAAUAAUAUUAAUAAUGAUAAUAGAUUUAUUAGUCAUAUUGAUGAAACAAAUAAACAAUGCAAUGAUAAACAAUUGAUACAUAGAACACAAGUAAUAAUUUGUCAUAAUCCAUCAAAUGAAAAUUUAAACAAAAUCAAUAUAAAUUUAAAUGAUCAAAUAGAAAUGAAAAACAUCGAUGAUAAUGAUAGUAAUGAUGAUAAAGUGCUUGAAAAUAUGAAUUGUUCACAAAUAUUUAUCCAUAAAACAAUUGAACCUUAAGUGAAUUUCUUUUUUUCCGUUUUUUUUAAAUUUGGCUCGAAAUGCGUACAGAUUUUGAUCAUGAUAGGUAAUUAAAACAAAGAAUUAUUUUCUGUUGAAAUUUCUAUAUUAUACAAUAUAAAUGACAUCUUUAUGUUGUUUUUGACAUGUCAGAAAUUAUAUAUAUAUUUUUAGUUUUCUUGUGUUUUUAGUGAAUCUUGAUUCAGUGACAAAUGGAGUAUUUCAUACUAAUUUAAUAUAUCAUUGAAUUAUUGAAAUAAAAAUAAUUUUCUAAAACCUGCUUUUUUCCAUAGAUCAUUAAAUAAGGUUUAUUGUAAUGUUGACGGAGUUUUUUUUCUCUGAGUUGGAUGGUUUGGUCGUGGAGCUUUCAUUGUUCUUCCGAAGGAUAACAUCGGCACCAACUUCAGGUAGAAGGUUGGUCUAAUAGUGUAGUGGUUAUCAUGUUCGCCACAUACGCGUAAAGCCCCCGGUUUGAACCCGGGUUGGACCAGGUUAACCUUCGGUUUGUUGUAUUAUUUGACUAUUUGUCGGUUCACAAAUGAAAUUAAAGGAGUCACUCGACAAAGAAUAGAGAAUAUUAUUCAUUGGCUCAAAGUAUAAUAUGGAUAAAAGAUUUUGGCUCCAUUGCAUACAUUUCUUGAGAAAUAUUUCAAAGGUUAACCUCUUAAAUAAAUUAGUUUUUAAAUGUAACAAUCUUGAUAACUUUUAUGAAUUCUAUUAAAUGAAACGUUGAAAAUCUCAAAAUCAACUCUGGAUGACUUAUGCGUUAGACAGUUUGUAAUGUCUAAAAGAUUACCUGGUAUAUCUUCAAGAGUAAGUAACAAGUGGCUGAAAUCCAGAACCUAUGCG